UUAUGUACGAUAGGAUCUCCUGGCCGGUUAAAGUCGUGCAGAUUGAACGCCGUGAAAAGAUCGAAGAUGAAGGACUGCAAAUCAUUUGCCGGAAUUCUAUCCCUUGUCCUGUUUUUUCUAGCAAACUUCAAGUUCUCCAUAUGUUCGAAGUUCUACGACAUUACUGCAAAGGAUAUCUAUGGAAGGGACGUGCUAAUGGGGGAUCAUUUUCGCGGCAAGGUCGUUCUCAUCGUCAAUGUAGCCAGCGAGUGUGGUUACACUGACCUCCACUACAAACAGCUCGUUGACCUUCAAUCCAGAUUCUCAGUCGACCAUUUCGUUAUCCUUGCUUUCCCUUGUAACCAGUUUGGUAGCCAGGAACCUAACCGCAACUCUGCCAUACAUCGCUUUGUAAGGAAGAAAUACAAAGUCCAAUUCCGAAUGUUCUCCAAGAUCAACGUCAUCGGAGAACAGGCCCAUCCCUUGUACAAGUUUCUGGAGAGCCAGACGAGGAGAAGCCCCACUUGGAACUUCAAUAAGUAUUUGAUUGAUCGAGAGGGUAAUGUGGAAAAGUAUUGGGACCAUACGGUCCCUCCACUCGACUGCUUGAAGAAAAUCAAGAAACUCCUUAAUUUCGCUGUUUACAACUCAGAAACUUUAAGAGUGGAUGCCGGUGAAUUGUAAUUCAAAUAUUCAUCGAUGCUAUCAUUUCUUUUAUAUCUAUAAAAACGCAUGGAUAUGUUCACUCGGGCAUAGAUUUCCCCUACAACACCUUGGCAAGACGAUGCAAGACGAUCGCAAGUAAUAUGUCUUAUAGGAAGCCAGAGUAAUCAUGGAUAAAUUUUUAACCUGAUAUUUUGUAUAAUUAAAGAUUUUUAUUUUA